AUGGUAGGUGCUGGGAAGUAUUGGGUCGAUGGGGACGAGGUGAGAGUGCACUUCUUGAGAAUGCCGUACGUGUGGAGAGGGCUGCUGGAGGGAGCCAAGAGCGGUGGCGGGGGCGAGAGGGCGGCGAUGAAGCGAGUGCUGCGAGUGGCGAUAGUCGACCUAGAUGUGCACCAGGUGAUGCUCCCUCGGAUCCCCCUCCUACUCGCUCCCUUUCACUCACCCCUCCUGCUCGCUCUCUUUCACUCACCCCUCUUGCUCUGCUCGCUCCCUUUCAUUCAUCCCUCCUGCUCGCUCCCUUUCACUCACCCCUCCUGCUCGCUCCCUUUCACUCACCUUCCCUGCUCGCUCCUUUUUACUCACCGCUUCUGCUCGCUCUCCCUUUCACUCGCCCCUCCUGCUCACUCUCCCUUUCGCUCGCCCUUUCCUGCGCCCUUUCCCUUUCACUCAGCCUUCCUGCUCGCUCUCCUUUACACUCGCCCCUCCUGCUCUCCCUUUCACUCACCCCUCCUGCUCGCUCCCUUUUCGCUCACCCAUCAUGCUCGCUUCCCCUCUCUAGUCAUAAUCACCCCACCUCAACCAUCCUGUCUCCUCAACCCUCCAUUCUUGCUCCAUCCUUUUUCUGUUCCAACUCCCCCUCUUCCUCUGCAAUUUCAUAUCCUCCUCGCCCUCCUCGAUACCACUCUGUCACCCUUGUCCCUCCAUACUCCCCACCCGGCCUCUGGAUUGCAGGGCGUUUUACCCUGUUUAGCAUGUGUUUCAGAGUGA